AUGGCACCAACAGUGAUUCUCGCCACCAACCGAGGCAACGCGAUCGUGAGAGGGACGGCCGACAUUAUCUCACCCCACGGUGUACCGGUCGAUCUUUUGGACAGGUGCAUGAUCGUCAAAACGGAAAACUACACUCGAGACCAAGUCGCUCGUGUUGUACAGCUUCGUGCAAAUGUCGAAGGGCUCAGGUUAAGCGACGGGGUGUUGGAUCGCCUUGCCGCAGAAGGAGAGAGGAGCUCACUGAGAUACGCUCUUCAGCUAUUGACACCUGCCUCAAUACUUGCCACAAUCGCUGGACGAUCUGAAGUCACCGAAGAAGAUAUCGGCGAGAUGAACGAACUCUUUUUAGAUGCGAAAACAUCCGCAGGUUUGAUUGGAAAUCCAUAG